GCCACAUUGCCACUUGCCACAGUCGCAUUUGCAAUCGCAGCGACAGUUCAUAUAUACAAAAAAAAAAACAAAAACUAAAAAAUAAAAACAUAAACAAACAUUUAGACAACAAAUAAAAAGCCGUUUCGCGGGCGUGUUGCAAGCGCAGUUUGCACCGUGUGUUAUUAAUUUGUUUAAUUGCGAGGCGUUGCAAACAUGCGGAACUCAAGUGGCCAUCAGGUGGCAGGAACCGCAGCGACGCUGAUGCGCCGCAAGAUUUUGGUGGCAAACGGAAAAGCAAAAGCAAACGGAAGCGGAAGCAUUUAAGCAAAGUGCCUGCUUUCAGGCUCCCGUCGAGCGCACUAUGUAUGUGUGUGUGCCGCUGUUGUUGUGCGAGUGUGUGUGUGUGUGUGAGAAAUGCUUCUGAAGCCGGUUGGGCUAAGCCAAAGUUGCAGCUGAAACUUGCAAUAAAAAUUGAAUACUGAAUACUCAGAAAAGAAUAAGAAGAAACCCCUCAUUGCAGCCAGCACAUCCUUGCGAUCCUUUGGCGUCUGUGUGGGUGUGUGUGAGUGUGUGUGCAUGUGUGCGAGAGUGUGGCGAGCAAAUAAAUGCUUUUGCAACGCUUUUUUAGCCAUUUUAUCUCAAGUCGAAAUACUGUAAAAAAUUGUAAAAUGGAUUUACAUUUCGUAUUCAUCGUUUUCCUGCUGAAGUGGACCUAUGCACAAGGUUCACAUCCGCCACGAAUAGUGGAACAUCCCAUAGAUACGACGGUGCCUCGACACGAGCCAGCAACGCUUAAUUGCAAGGCAGAGGGCUCACCCACGCCCACCAUUCAAUGGUAUAAGGAUGGUGUGCCACUGAAAAUACUGCCGGGUUCACAUCGCAUCACACUGCCAGCGGGCGGAUUGUUUUUCCUCAAGGUUGUCAAUUCACGUCGCGAAACAGAUGCCGGCAUUUACUGGUGCGAGGCCAAGAAUGAACUGGGCGUGGCCAGGAGUCGCAAUGCCACAUUGCAAGUGGCGGUGCUUCGCGAUGAGUUUCGCCUGGAGCCGCAAAAUACACGCAUCGCACAGGGUGACACAGCGCUGCUGGAGUGUGCGGCACCGCGCGGCAUCCCGGAACCGACGGUCGCCUGGAAGAAGGGUGGCCUCAAAUUGGAUUUGGAUGGCACGAAGCGUGUACGCAUCGUUGAUGGCGGCAAUUUGGCCAUACAGGAUGCACGUCAGAGUGACGAGGGUCAAUACCAGUGCAUUGCCAAGAAUCCAGUUGGUGUCCGUGAAUCAUCCCUAGCCACGCUCAAAGUACACGUUAAGCCGUACAUCAUACGUGGACCACAUGAUCAAACGGUAUUAGAGGGCGCCUCCGUCACGUUCCCCUGCCGCGUCGGCGGCGAUCCCAUGCCGGAUGUCCUCUGGCUGCGUACAGCCUCCGGUGGCAAUAUGCCGCUAGACCGUGUCAGCGUGCUGGAGGAUCGCAGCUUGCGUCUGGAACGCGUCACAAUUGCCGAUGAGGGCGAAUACAGCUGCGAGGCGGACAAUGUGGUGGGUGCCAUCACUGCGAUGGGCACUCUGACUGUGUUCGCGCCCCCGAAAUUCAUCCAACGUCCCGCCAGCAAAUCCGUUGAAUUGGGGGCAGACACAUCGUUCGAGUGUCGCGCCUCGGGCAAUCCUAAGCCCACCAUAUUCUGGACAAUCAAGAACAACAGCACGCUGAUUUUUCCGGGUGCACCGCCCCUGGAUCGCUUUCACAGCCUGAACACGGAGGAGGGUCAUUCGAUAUUGACGUUGACACGCUUUCAACGCACCGACAAGGAUCUGGUGAUUGUGUGCAAUGCAAUGAACGAGGUGGCCAGCAUAACGUCGCGGGUGCAGCUCAUCCUCGACUCCCAGGAGGAUCGACCACCGCCCAUAAUCAUUGCGGGGCCGGUGAAUCAGACGCUGCCCAUCAAAUCGCUGGCAACGCUGCAGUGCAAGGCAAUUGGUUUGCCCAAUCCAACAAUAUCAUGGUAUCGCGAUGGGAUUCCAGUGCAUCCCAGUGCCAAGCUGAACAUAACGGCUGCUGGUGAUUUAAUUAUCUCCGAUUUGGAUCGUCAACAGGAUCAGGGUCUGUACACUUGUGUGGCCAGCUCGAGGGCUGGCAAGUCCACAUGGAGUGGUUUCCUGCGCAUUGAGCUGCCCACGAAUCCAAACAUCAAGUUCUAUCGUGCACCCGAGCAAAGUAAAUGCCCCACGGCGCCGGGGCAGCCGACAGUGCUGAAUGCCACUGCAGCGGCAAUGACAAUUGUGUGGCCUACCAGUGACAAGUUGGGCUCAUCGCCCUUUCACGGCUACAGCGUGGAGAUGUACUGCACGAACAAGAGCAAAACUUGGAUACCGAUAGCCAGCAGACUAAGUGAGCCGAUUGUCACCGUGGAUAGUUUGGAGUCGGGUGCCGCUUACAUGUUCAUUGUGCGUGCCGAGAACGCUUUGGGCUUUUCGCCACCCUCACCCAUCUCGGAGCCGAUUACGGCUGGGAAGCUGGUGGGUGUGCGCGAUGGCAGUGAUGCUUCAUCGGGUGGCUCGGUCAGCUCACAGCUAUUGCUCAGCGAUGUGGAGACACUGUUGCAAUCGAAUGAUAUUGUUGAGCUGCUCGAGGCAAAUGCCAGCGAUUCGACAACUGUCCGAUUGGCGUGGGACAUCGAUAGUGGCCAGUAUAUCGAAGGAUUCUAUUUGUACGCGAGGGAGCUGAGGUCAGCUGAAUACAAGAUGUUAACGCUGCUCAACAAGGGCCAGGGGCUCAGCUCGUGCACCGUACCCGGCUUGGCCAAGGCGUCUACGUAUGAGUUUUUUCUUGUGCCAUUUUACAAGAGCGUGGUAGGCAAACCCUCGAAUACUCGAUAUGCCCGCACCCUGGAAGAUGCGCCCGAGGCUCCACCGUUUGGCAUGGAGGCCAUCCAAUUCAAUCGCACCUCUGUCUUCCUGAAAUGGCUUCCCCCACAUCCGAAUCGCACCCGUAAUGGCAUCCUCACCAGCUACAAUGUGCUCGUCAAGGGUCUGGAUGUGCACAAUACGACGCGUAUAUUCAAAAAUAUGACCAUUGACGCGGCGACACCGACGUUGCUGCUGGCGAACCUCACCACUGGCGUCACCUACUACAUUGCUGUGGCGGCUGCCACUCGCGUCGGCGUUGGUCCCUACAGCAAACCGGCCGUGUUGCGCAUCGAUGCGCGCACCCAAUCACUGGACACCGGCUACACGCGCUAUCCCAUCAGUCGUGAUAUUGCCGAUGACUUUUUAACGCAGACCUGGUUUAUCGUCCUGCUGGGCUCCAUCAUUGCCAUAAUUGUGUUUCUAUUGGGCGCAUUGGUUCUAUUCAAGCGCUAUCAAUUUAUCAAGCAGACCUCGCUGGGCAGUUUACAUGGCAAUCACGCAAUCGGCACCGUGCGAAAGUUUCCAACGUUGCCUAUGAAUGGUGGCAGUGGGGGCGGAGUCGGCGCUUGUAUUGGCAACAAUGCUGCUGGCAACUCGGGCAUUUCCAACUCGAAUGGGCUAUGGAUCGAUCCGAGUGGCGGUGUUUGGCGACAGGCCGCUGGCUCAUGUACAACAAAGGAGCAACUUCCGGGCUAUGCACAGGCCACAGCACCACAGCAAGGACAACGUGGACAGGGACAGGGGCAGGGACAGGAACAGAGGCGGGGACAGCAACAAGGACAAUCAAACACACAACAGCCGCUGCCUGAUUAUGAGAGACUCUCGCCACUGAAUAUGCCGGAUUAUGCGGAAGUUGCAUGUUCAACAUUCAAAAGUCCGCACAACAAUGCUGCGCAAACUUCCGGUGCAGCUGCCUCAUCAGCAUCAUUAUACGAUAGCUGCGGCGCCUAUGCCACAACAAAUGUGGUCGCCAAUGUGAAGCUCUAUCAGAAUCGUUAUGGCACACAGCCAACAACAACGGCAGCAACUGCUGCAACUGCAACUGCAGUUGGUGGCAGCACCAACAACAAUAACAACAACAAUGGCACACUGAUUGGCAAUAGCCAGAAUAGCGAUUAUCAAUCGAGCGGCAUGUAUUCGGCGCCAGCAAGUGCACAUUAUGGCUGCCUGGAGCCAAAUUCCAGUCCAAAUCCGAUGACCAUAUCGACAGCCUCAACGGCCAUUUUGAGCGGUUCACCGGCCAAACUGAAAAAGAUCAACAUCACCGAGAAUAAAAUGGAGCAUCUACAGAAUCUGAGCAACAAGAACGAUACGCUUCUGCUACUGUCAUCCACCAGUAAGCCAACCAAGGAACGCACAAAUCCCUUCAAUCAGCAGCAACAAUUGCUGCUCGCGAGCAAUGCAUUGAAACAGGGCUUGGGCGCCUAUGCGAAUACCACACUGGCGGCUCAAAUGGCCAGCGGUGGUGGGGCGGGCACCUUGCGCCGCCAACGACAGCCUAAAACGCUCUUCAAGAGCGAGAACAACAUAUUGGGCAGUAAGUCGAGCAAUUCCCGGCAGCAACAGCAGCAUCCGAACAAUGCAUCGGCGAAUGGCAAUUUAGAUUUUCUCACUGGUGGUGGUGGAGCAGGUGGACCAUCAGCAUCCAUUGGUGGUGGUGCGGAUAAUUUGGAUGCCGACUUUACGGCGCUGUGCAAUUCAACGAAUCAGCUGCUGAACGAUUGGGCUUCUUCCAGUGCAUCAAUUGCCGCAGCGAGCGACUGUCAUCAUUUUGGCAGCAAACAGCCGAGCAAACAGCACUUGUAUGUCAAGGCCAAGGAUGGCACCUGGUCAGCCGUCAGCUCUGAUGCCUAUCAGAACUUCAAGCAACAGCAGCAGCAACAGCAGCAGCAACAAUUCCAUGCUGGUACAGGUGACAACAAGCAGCUAGCCCCACUACUGAUUAAUCCCGCCCAUAGCUCGAGCAGCCUAGCAGCUGAUAGCAAAUUCCUGAGUAGUUUCGGUGCCAGCGCCAAUGUGUAGAGCGUUUUAUAUCUAUACCUAUAUAUAUAUACAUGAGGGUUUCCCGGGGGGAU